AUGAAUGUUAUUUUAACUACUCUGCAUCCUCGAGUGAAGUAUGGCCUCCAAGAUGUCUGGGACUCGUCAACGCAUCUUCGUAAACACAAUCUGUUCCAGUUAGAUGAAACUACGGGAGUGUUGCGAGCUCUGGAGCCGUUGGAUCGGGAACAGACGUCCGAGUACACUCUAAGGGUUGUAGCCUGUGAUAUGGCACCUCGUGACACGCGGUGUACCAGUGUAAAUGUCACUCUGUCUGUCGUAGAUGUAAAUGACAACGCACCUGAAUGGAUCUUCCCUCUUGUCGCGGAUGAUGCGACGGGCGAUAACUCUGAAAGCGUUAAUAUUACUACUGAUGCUGUUACGGGACAAGUUGUCGCUUACCUGGAGGCUCGGGAUAUAGAUGCUGGCCAAAAUGGAAAAGUUCGAUAUGGCCUCCACGACCCUCAUAGUCAAGUCGUUUUUGCUGUCAAUUCCACCACUGGUGAAGUCACCGUCGCUAAUCGGUAUUACUCAGGUCUAUCAGAUGCUAGUGAUUCGAGAUCGCUGCAGCAACCGAAUCUCCAACCGGGAGUACAUCGCCUCAGAAUUCGUGCUUCAGAUAUGGGCCACCCCCCACUAUAUUCCGAUACUUGGUUGACAAUUCGUGUGGAUGGUACAAAUUCAGGCUUCUUCACUCUUCAAACGGGAUUGCUUAUCCUUCUGGUGCUAGUCACACUCAUAAUAGCUGUUAGUUUGAUCGCUGCGAUUAUUUGCAUUCGACGACAACAUACGACAGGUUUCAAGACUCGUCAACAAGUUAUUACAACACCGACACACCCACCAAGCUACAUUCUUCCACCAACUUAUCCACAUUCCGACUACCCAACCUUCCUCAAACAGAAUGGAAAUGGCCCGGCGUAUAUGUUGGCUAAAACUACUGCCGCAAGUGUCUGUUCAAGUGAACAUUGUGAUGGUAGUGGAGGAGGAAACUGCCCAGUCACUGAUUUAGGUGUUAAUGAGUUCUAUGCUCCUUAUGGUUUGGCUUCAAGUACUCAAGGCGAUGAACAGGUCAGAUUUGUUGAGGUAGAUCCGAAUUGUAGUACCUACUUGGUUGGAUCAGGUGCAUCCCCUGGAUUACGCAUUGUUGGAGGCUAUCAUCCACUUGCUUACAAUACCUGCGAUUCUCUCAGCCAACUACCGACUACUUCAUCUGGCUCUACGCACGGAAUGCUCAAGUUCAGACAGACUUCCGGAUCGCCUACAUUUAUCUAUCAUGGACGUGGCAACGGGGAAGAGGUUUUUGAGCUUCCAGAAAGUUCAGGAGGUCGGUACAGCACCCAAAGUCAUCCACACACAUCGUCCUCGAGUCAGCACCAACAUCUAGCCUCUUCGGAACAGUUUGAAGGUGGUUCCGCUGAUUCAGGUCGAGGUGUGAGUGAGGAUGAACCGCCUUCGUCGCAUGUCAUUCACUGCAAUGGUAGUACUGAUUGUCUUCCACUCACCAACACAUCCACCUUCUUUUGUCAGAACAAUGGAAACCUCCACACACCUUCCACUUUCCUCGGUAAUAGUGGUCUUCAAGAAGAAAGACUACUCUCCACUGGUAAGUGCUGUGAUGCUCUUUAA